UCAAGAUGGCGCUAGCAGCAAAAACUGCGAGAUUAGCGCUAGGAAAAACCCUAAUUGAUGCGCAAUACCUGGCAGACAAUGUGCUUUUCAUGAACAGUGAAAUUAUAGCAAUCAACAAACCAUGUGGACUGCCCGUGCAUUCUGGUCCUGGUGUGAAGAUGUGUGUGUUGAAUAUGCUUGAUGAAUUUACAGAAAUAAAAAAGUUGAAGGAAAGACCAGAGCUUGCACAUCGACUCGAUAAGGAUUGCAGUGGAAUUCUGUUACUUACCAGAUCAAAAACUGCCGCUGCUAAAGUCACAGAAAUGUUCUCAGACAAAACCAUUGGUAAACAGUACUGGGCAGUGACUGUUGGAGUUCCAACAUUUGAAGAAGGAGAAAUUAACAUUCCUAUUGGUGAAGCUAAACUUGCUGGAGGAUAUCGCAUUGCCACCAAGCGAGACCUGAUUGGCAAGUCUUCUGAAAUAUUAAGAGCUGCUGGCUUUAAACAUGCAAAGACUAGAUUCAAAAUUUUAGAUGCAAAUCAGAGCACAUGUGCUCUUUUACAACUGGAACCAAUCACAGGAUUAAAACAGCAAAUUAGAGUUCACACAGCAGAAGGACUGAAAUGUCCAAUAUUGGGAGAUCAUAAGUUCUCUUCUGACAUUCGACAACCACAGGUUCUACCUCUGCGCUUACUUCAACUUCUUCAGAUUCGAGGUGUAAAGAAUAAGGAAAACCCCACUGCAAAAGGAAAAAUAAGACAGUGGCAAAGAGCACUGAUUCCUCUUCAUCUACAUGCAAGACAAAUAACUUUACCAAACUUUUACAAAGGAAGAAAUAUUAUAAUUAAAGCUCCUCUGCCUGAAUAUUUUGAAGAAACUCUACAUAAACUGACACUUCAUCCAAAGAGAAAAAAUAUGGUACAGGCAGAGGAUUUGACAGAGUAUAAUAGACUGAAGCAACUUGGAAAAUCUACAAAAAAAAUUGUUGGAUUUUGAAGGAAACUGGUAAGAGGGACUAAAGAAGAUGGAAGAUGCCCCACGCAGGGGUGUCAAGGAAAUUUGUUUCCCUCCUAUCCACAAAGCUUGCUUUUCCAAGUGCAACAUUCCCAUAACAUUUUCAACAAGCUUGUCACCAUAAAGACAUUUUCAAGCUGUAGCAAAUCAAACUGAGACUAAAGAGUACCCUCUCCUUCCCCCGUGAGAAGGGAUUGGCCAUUUAAGAUGGUGCUCAUUAUUUAAAUGGAGACUGAAAUGUGGUUAUUUAUUCCCUUCAACUCAUUUAUAGUUGUCCAAAAUUGAUAUAAAUAUUCCACUAUUUCUCACGAAGUCCAACUUAUACUACAUUGCUACAGACUCACACAAUGAAUGUAAAUUCUACAUUUUUUAUAUGAAAAGCCCUGUUAAUACCACCUUGAAAAGAGGGUCUAUUGGGUAUUUGGCUGGGUGACCUGACUGGAAGCUGGUAUAAACUAACUAAUAAUACAGAAAAAUGAAAAACUGCAAAAAAGAAAUUACAGCAUCAGAAAAGAAUUACAGUUUGCAAAUACCAUGAAAUGUCAGUGGUUUGACUGGCCAACUGCCAUUUUCAGCUCUGAGAAUAAUCAAAGGCAAAAACUUAAAUGAUCCAUUAAAUAAGUAAAUGGUCAGUAAACUAACAUGAAGUACA